AUGUUCCUCAGACAGCCGUCCCUUGAACAAUAUCAUAUGGACCUACAUGAGCGAGUCAGUCCCAUCAUUGUUCAGCUAUUUAACGACACUCCGGUCGCAAAGCCUUCUCUCAUAGCAGAGAUAGACUCAGUCAACGAAGACUUGCGUCGAAUGAACGGUGAACGCUCGCUUGCUGCAGAAAUGGGUACGAUUGACAUUGGGGUGUUCUUGUAUUCAUGGGAGCAUGAGAACACAGACGAGUCUUUGUCACAGUUCUGUAAGAAACAUAGCUACCCGAUUGGCUGGGCACGGCGGCCACCGAUGGGAGGGCGGGAGUAUCAAGCCCGGGACCUCAGAGACCUGGAGGAAGAUUACUGGAGGCUACCUGGUAUUCUUCUAUCCGCCAUCUGGCAGCUGCGAAAGGCAAAGGCAACUGCAUAUACAGUGCAAGAGCAAGAAAUGGUUCUCUUGGAACUAGAGGACGAGUUUAACAUAUGCCCCGAUCCAUCCUCUGGACAGGAAAUCCGUCCUCUCCGGUCCCAGCCCCUAUUGGACCUUUAUCGUGAACUGGCCAAUUACUUGGCGGCUGGAGAUCAAGAACCCUAUGAGGGGAGAAGGGAGACUCUUAGAAGAAAGUGCGUUCUGGGUGAAUACCCAGAAACGUGGGUUCCGGGACCAUACAACGACGAGAAGCAGACGGCAUGA